CAUCCACACACCCCUCAUCUCACAGUCCUCAAAACACACAAACCUCAUCACAAUAUCCAGGUACCACGCCAGACCCCUCCACAACACACACGCACACAUUAGGGUGCCUCGCUAGGUUUCCUCCGGCCAGGGAGUGGGUCUCUUGUCAUCACUCUGGCCCGAAGGCCACCGCAGCCCCAGCAAGCCCCAUGUUCCAUCCAGCUGCGCGUUCCACAGCUGUGCGCCCUGCGGGCAGCCCCUGGAGAGCUGAGCCGGCGCAGGACCCCAGGAGCCAGCCGCGGCCGCUGACGCUAGAGCCCAGCGGGAACUCCUCCCCCGCGCGGAUUCCUCUCUGCAUGGCUCCGCCCGCUGGGAGGGCGGCGCAGCCUUCCCGCCACGGCCAUUAGCUGGUGCCGCAGCCUCCCGCCCCCUGCAGCUGGCGGGGGAUUGGCUGCUCCGGCCUCACAGCUGACAAGCCGGAGCCCCGCCCCUGCCAGGCCCACGGCAGAUAUAACACUCCCGGCGGCCGCUGCUCCUCAGGUGCAGGUGGCGGCUGGGGGAGCAGCGCCGUGGGACGGGAGGCGAGUCCAUUGCCGCGGUGGGAGCCCGGCGGAGAGCGCAGUAUCAUGUGAUCGGGAAGCGGGCCGGGGCCGCCAGUGGUUCUCCUUCCCCCAGCUCGCCCCGUCUGCGCUCGGCCGCCGCCCGGGUUCUCCGCUCGCCUCGCCAGCUCGCUCCUCUCGGGGGCGCGGGGAGGCGAUGUUCCCCCUGGACGCCCCGUGGAGUAUCUCCUUCGCGGGCUGCGGCUUCCUGGGGGUGUACCACAUCGAAAAUUGUUGCUGCCUGCAGGAGCAUGCCCCCUUCCUGGUGGCCAAUGCCAAGACGAUCUACGGAGCCUCCGCCGGAGCCCUGACUGCCACGGCCCUGGUCACCGGAGCCUGCUUGGGUGAGGCAGGUGCUAAUAUCAUUCAGGUCUCUAAAGAAGCCCGGAAGAGGUUCCUGGGCCCUCUACAUCCAUCCUUCAACUUGGUGAAAAUCAUCCGCACCUGCCUGUACAAGACCCUGCCUGACAAUGGGCACGAAGUGGCGAGGGGACGCCUGGGCAUUUCGCUGACACGGGUCUCGGAUGGAGAGAAUGUGAUACUGUCAGAGUUCAACUCCAAAGAAGAGUUGAUCCAGGCCUGUGUUUGCAGCACCUUCAUCCCUGUGUACUGUGGGCUGAUUCCUCCAAGCCUGCAGGGAGUGAGGUACGUUGACGGAGGGAUUUCGGACAAUUUGCCCCAGUAUGAGCUGAAGAACACCAUCACGGUGUCUCCGUUCUCAGGCGAGAGUGACAUCUGCCCCCGGGACAGCUCCACAAACAUUCAUGAGCUGAGAGUCACCAACACCAGCAUCCAGUUCAACCUUCGCAACCUCUACCGCCUCUCGAAAGCCCUGUUCCCGCCAGAGCCUCAGGUGCUCCGGGACAUGUGCAAACAGGGCUACCGGGAUGCGCUGCACUUCCUGAAAAAGAAUGGUCUCCUUCACCGCCCAGAGCCCUCACGCCCUCUUCUGGCCAUUGAGAACUCCUCAGGGGCGAGGGACCCAGAAGAAGAGGAGAAAAGUGCUGAGGACCAGCUGAGGGAGAAUGCUGCCCUGGCUGCUGUCGAAGACCACAUCUUUGAACACUUGCCACCCAGACUAAACCAAGCCCUUUUGGAAGCGUGCACUGAGAGAAGAGGCCUGUUAGUUGGCAUCACCAACUUGUUGCCUGUGCGCUUGGCCUCUGCCAUGAUGAUCCCCUACACGCUGCCUGUGGAAUCGGCUGUCUCCUUCACAGUCAGGUUGCUGGAAUGGCUGCCGGAUGUCCCCGAGGACAUUAGGUGGAUGAAGGAACAGACGAGUAAAGUAUGCAACUAUCUCAUGAGGGAAGCCAAGAAGAAACUGGGAAGCCAUCUCUCAGCCAGGCUUUACUACCACUUUGAGCUCCGAAGGACCCAGAGUCUGCCAAUCCCCUUGGCCUCUACCUACGGCGAGGCCCUGCCCCAGUGGGUGCGAAGCAACCUCUCCCUGACGGACGUUAAGACCAAGUGGGAGGAGUAUCAGCGCCAGCUCAUGCUGGGCUUGUUCUGCAUCAACGUGGACAUGCAGGCCUCCAUCUUCCCCUCGGACGGGCUGCAGAUGAGACUCUCGCCAGCAGACCGUGUCCAAGAGAGCCUGCCGCUCUUCUGAGCCCCCCGCCGUAGCGGGAGGGGCGCAUGGCAUCAGUCCCGCAUCUCAGCAACCAGCCACCUCUUGGUUCAUGCCGGCUUCCCUGGGAAGAAAGCAGUGGCGCAGCGUUCAAACGAACACGUUUGCUGCAGAUGACCUCUUAGACGUGUGGUGACACCCAGCCUGGGGGAGGUGGCAGUCCCUGGCUGUGCUGUAACUGUCCCAUUGGGAUCCUCCAGGAGACAGACCUGGAGUCACUAAAUCAGGACGCGAUCAAUGCUUUGGAGCGUGUUUUAAUGGUCUCUGGGUUUAGCUCUACCCAUUUGCAGCUUUGUGUGGGUGUGUUUAAACAAUCCAGGGUCCUGCGGCUCUUCGCUGUUUGUGCUACCAAAAGGUAAAGCAACCUGUCGUGCCAAAGCAGCUGUCCUAUGGGCCCAAGCCCACCUCUCAGUGCUCCUUCACUGGAGCCAAAUUUGGACCUCUGUCCCCACUUCCCCUCUCCACUCAAAGCCAGCUUUGGCCCUGCUGCUGCUAACAGAUUCCAUUGGGACUGCAGGUUCAGGAGAGAACUGGAUACUCCCUAUUGUUGCACUAAGCUUCCUAAAUCUCCUCCUCUUGGUCUGCCUUGUAUCUUUUCCAUAGGGAUCUUUGUCUCCCUUGUGCUGUGGGGAUCUGCAAUGCCAAAACUGGCUGAGAUCUUUUUUUUUUAAAAGACAUGAGAGGUUCAGCUGAAGGGGUGUUUUUUGGGGGGAUUUGGCUGCCUGAUUCCCAUUCAUCUGAAUUGAACUAGCCUUCCUUCCCCCUCUCUGGAUUGGCCUGAAGGCUGCCAUGGGGGAAGGAAUGCUAAGGGAAGGUGAAGGCAGAAGGUGAAGACUGAGCAGCGCAUGUCGUGUCCAAGUGGCUUGUGGAGGAAUGUCGUAGCAGGUGCCCAGGAGAUGGUCAUCUGAGGGUAGGAGGGAUGGGUUCCCACUCCAAGGGAGCAUGGAGUUGGCAAGCCCUGAAGCUAAUUCCCUGCUGGCGCAAACGGAUAGAACUCCGUUGUGAUGCUGCACCUGUGUAUGUUGUGGUGAGUUUAGGCCUUGGUGAGGGAGCUGACGUUGGAUGGUGUAGAUUGCCGGUCCUAGAGAGGCAGCCAGGCCCGUUUCCCCAGUGGGAGCUGUGUGUUUCCUGUUGCUGCCAAAGAUGGUGUUGCCUCAAAGAUGACAGCAUAGUGAGCAAGAGAAAUGAAGUCGCGGGGAGGGGGGAGAAUGAAGCUAGAAGUGCCAAAUUGCAUGCAGGCCCCUGUCUUUGUCACCUAACACAUGAAUCAGUUGGAUUCUACCAGAGCUGAGCUCUGCCCGGUGUGUCAUUACCAUUGUUGGGAAGGCUGCUGCCUUGACAUCUAGUGUCCCAACGUAACCCAGUAGCAUUCCAUUGCACAUAGGCUUCUAGCACAGCUGUUUCUUUGGCACCUUCUCUGUGAGAGGACAGGUGUCUAGGCCCACUUGUUCUUUGCCUCAUUUCUCACUACGGGGCUUCCAGUGAAGAUGGGAUGUACUGAAAAAGCCAAAAUCCUAGCACUGUGACUAUGUCUGUGACACAAAACCAUCUUCAAGGUCCCUCUCCUUGUAAUGCAUCUGGCUAUGUGGGGCUUCUUCCUACCUCCUGCUAGCACAAACAAUCGGCAGUAGGCCAAAGCAAAUGUGUAUGUGUUCUUUCCGGGGGUGGGAGGGGAGAGCUGCCUAAAGUUCACCUAUAUAAUGUGCAUAUAUAGACUAGUGACUUGCAAAAGGUUCUCAAAUGCCACUCUGUAAAGAAGAGAAGAUGCACCCACGAACUCUGGUGAUUGGCACUCGAUAAAUUAGCUUGGAGGGAGAGAAAAUAGAAAGUCCAGCAGAACACACGUGUCCUGGACCUGAUGAGAAGCUUCCGGAAGGUUGGUUGCAGGCUGCUUGUUAGUAAUAACGGCCUGUGUGACCCACUUGAUGGGGGUGAGACACCCUGUCUGACUCCACAAAAAGGAGGAGCGUUGCUAUCUUGCCUAUAAUGACAUGCAGCUUUUAGCAGAAAACAGCCAGGAGCUCACCAGGGAACCAUGGCAUUCAUUUUGUGGCUGCUAUCGGCGGUGGUUGUCCUGUUUCCACAAGAUUGUGUGAUUUAGAAAAUGUCUCCUUGCCAGCCAUCAAGUGACAUUGCAUACAUAGUGCAAGUGCCAACUUAGUUGAUGACUGUUGUCUUUGCAAUAGUCCAGUCUAGCCUUCAUUAACACAUUUCAUAUAAUGCAAUUUGGAAUAGAGGAGCCAUGAGCCAGCGUGUGAGAGACUCAGAGGAAACACAGAUUUAAAAGUGGGGAAGAUGGGGCUGUUGAAUUGUAUGUAAGCCCUGUUGGUGGCAAUGGCCUGCUGUCAGGCUGUUGACACAAGUUCGGGUGCAUUGGUUAUGAAUCACAAAAGACACGUGGCACCAGAAUAAUCUUAGCUCCCCAGAAUAUGAGGUUGCAUAGUCACAAACUCCAUGAGAUUUGGCUUGCAAAAAGUUCUUGCCUUGUUUUGCUUAUGGACAACUGUUGUUGUACUUGCCAAGUUUGUGCCCUCCUCCCCACUCAAAAACAAAAAGACCCCAACCACUUGAAAUUAUUUGGGGAGCAAGGGCUGAGGGAGGCCUGCUCCAAAAGCAAAAUCCUUUAAGGGGCAAGGCAUGGAGAUGGGGAACUGUAUGUGAGAAGGAAGUAUAUGGGAACCGUGUGUUUUGUUUGUGUGAAUAUGUGUGCAGAAGGCACGGUGUAGUCUCUUUCCUCUUAUCCCUUCUGCCUGUCCUGGCAAGGCCAUAGAGUGAGUGAGUGAGUGAGUGAGUGCGCACGUUUGUAAACCACUACCAUUAAAUGACAUUUCUGGCAGAGUAACUCAGUGUGGAAUCUAUCUAACGAGGCCUUGCUAGUAACGAUGCAGUCAUGCUGCCGGGCUCCCAGCAGCUCUCCCCUCACCUGGGUCCAGAGGCUUGAGAUGCACAGAUUUGCUCUUGGUCCCAGGAUGGGCUGAGCUGUGGGGCGAUCUCAGGCUGGCUGGCUGCUGUCCGUGCAUUUCAAAAUACUUAACUCCUAGGGUUAAUUAAAGGCCUGAAUUUGCAACUUCAUUAACCUUCUUUCUGACUCUGGUUAUCAUUCCAUCCUUCCCAGGAGUGAAUCCAGGAGCUAGAAAAGGAAUUUCUUGCCUUUCACCCUGUGCAAUAAGGAGCCAAGAUUCAUCUUUUUAAAAUCCUGGACGAGCUAAUUCUCCUGGGUGGAAACUCCUCUUUUCCCACAAGUUAGCAUCAUGAAGGCAUGUGGUGUUAUACCACUGAGUGUUAACCACUUCCCUGCUGGGAGUCAGUGUGGCACCUGCAGUGGACAGACUGAUGCCUGGAAGCUCAUACGUAAUUCAUGUGAUGCAGUGGCUGCUGCAUGACUCCCAAAGGGGUUCAGCACUAGCCAAGAACUGUCUGUCUUUCAAAGAGAAAUGCCCAGCGCUACUUAUGUCGUAGUACCAAAAGGAAUUUCAGGACUUAAAAAUUCUCGCUUGUGGAAGAUUAACUAUCCUCUGAGGCCUCUUCAGAGUUCUAACUCUGAACCAAGGUACAACUGAACAAGAGCAGUGGCCAUUACAGGGGAAUCACAAAUUGAGUGAGUCAGUGAUUUUGACGCAGCUGUGAGAGGCGAAUAGCAUUCUGGGGUGUAUAAACAGGAUGUCCUGUGUCUGAAAGACACUGGAGGUAAUUGUCCUGCUCUACUCAGCAUUUAUAAGAUCUCAUCUGGAGUAGUGUGUCCAGGUCUGGGUGCUACAUCUAUAAAGAAAGAUUGGAUGUUUGGAGAGAAUCUGAGGGCAAGAAAGUCAGAUUUUUCUCUAAACCUUUCAUUAUCAAGAAAGGUUUAAAAAAAAAAAACUGGAUAUGCUGAGUCAUGAAAAAAGGAUACUAAGAUGAGACCUGAUAAGUCUUUCAAUAUGUUAAGGGCUGUUUGAAAGAGCACCAUGAUCAGUUGUUCUCUAUGUGCACUCAAGGUCAGACAAGAAUUGUAGCCUUAACCUGCAGCAAGGGAGAUGUAGGUUAGAUAUUAGAAAAUAUUUCCUAAUAACUGUAAGGGGGUAGGUAAGCUCUGGAAUAGGCUUCCACAGCCUUCCUGAGAUGUUAGACUCAUAGAGCUAGAAGGGACCACAAAGGUCAUCUAGUCUAACCCCCUUCCAAGCUCCAGGAUUUGUAUUGUGUCCAAGCCAUCCCUCUCCAGCCUCCUUUUGGGAACCUUCAGUAAAGGAUCUUCCACAAUCUCCCUAGGCUGUCUGGUCUGUUGUCCUCCUGCUCUUACAAUUAGGAAGUUUUUCCUGAGAUUUAAUUGAAACUUGCUGUGCUGUAUUUUAAGCCAGUUGCCUCUUGUCCUGCCCUCUUUGUCAAGAGAGAGAGGCUUUCAUAAAGGAUGGAGAAAAGUUAAGUAUUUGAGGACUGUUGGGUCUCCCAUAAAUCUUCUAAGCCUACCCAGUUCCUUUAGCCUUUGCUCAUGUAGCUUGAAUUCCAUCCCUCUGAUCAUCUUUGUUGUUCACCUCUGGAUCCUUUCCAUUUUCUCUACAUCCCUUAGGUACAUUUGUGACCAAUAUUGGACAUAUACUCCAGCUGAGGCCUAACCAGCCUUCCCUGUAAGCUGAGUGCUUGGACAGCUGCCCAAGCAGAGUGCCUAUAGCUGGCACAUGUGUUCCUACUGGUGGUACCACAUGCCUCAAAGCGUAUAUCAAAAUUUAUUUCACACAGGGAUAGAAAAAGUUAGCAGGAAUAUUGGGCCUACCCAAUACUGAGCAGAGUGCUAAUUUCACUCCCAUGACUUGCAUGCUGUGCCUUUGUUAAUGUAACCUAAAAUUACAUUUGCUUAUUUUCUUUGCAGUAGCAUUGCAUUGAGUCAGGUUGAGGUUCUGAUCCAUCAGAACUUCCCAGUCCUUUUCAGCCGGGCCUCUGCUAAACCAGUUUCCCACCAUUCUUUAUUCAUGCAUCUGUUUUUUCUUCCCUAAGCAUAGCACUUUACAUUUAUCUCUGUUGAAUUUCAUUUUGUUGUCCAUCCCCCUGAUCUCCAGUUUAUUAAAAUGUCUCUGAAUUUCAGCUCUAGCCUCCAAAGUGUUGGCAACCCUCCUCUUGUUUUGUCAUACAUCAUUCCAUUAAUAUUAUUCUUUGCUUGCAGUUGUUCAAUCUAUCAUUUAUCCAUUUAAUAGCAGUUCCACUGAGCCUGAAUUUCUCCAGCUUAAUUACCAGAAUGCCAUGCAGGGCUGUGUAAAUCCUCGUUGAAGUUUAGGUAUUCUCCCCAUCCACCAAACCAGUUACACUGUCAAAGGAAAUCAGGCUGGUUUGACACGAUUUUUUUUCCCUUGCUAUAUCCAAGUUGGCUGCUAAUGAUUUCCCCUUCAGGUAUUUGCAAAUGGAAUAUUUUAUACACUGCUCUGGUAAUUUCCCAGAUACCAAAGUUAAGCUGACUGGGCUAUGGUUCUCUAUCUCCUCUUUUUCCUCCUUUUUAAAAGAUGGGCACUACAUUAGCUCUGCUCCAGUCUCCUGGGACAUCUCUUGUCAUUCAUGAGUUUGUAAAUAAUAUUGCCACUAGCUCUGAGAUUUUUUUUUUCCAGCUAAUUCCUUCCCUGUGCUGAACAGCAUCAGGCUGCAUUGAUUUGAAUUCAUUCAAAUUGAUCAGGUCUCAGAUAUGCUCUUUGCUAUCUGCAUCUCUUCCCUUUUAUGGUCUGCGGUAAUGUUGCUAAUCAUCCAGUCACAUGUACCACAGAUGUCAAACUUAUUUAUAUAGCACCUUAGCCCAUGUUGCCUAAGAAAAUAAAUACACUUUUU